AUGGCUAAACGGAAGGUGUACGGUGAGCACAGGGAAUUUCAAGCUAGGUGGGAGGCAGAGUACAUGUUCACGGAGGUAAAAGGCAAACCUGUUUGUCUUCUGUGUGGAGAAAGUGUGGCUGUAAUGAAAGAAUAUAAUCUAAGAAGGCACUAUGAAACCUCUAAGAAACACAAAGACAAAGACAAGAAUAUGGACACGGAACAAAGGCUACAGAAGGUGGAAGAAUUAAAAUGAGGUCUUAAGUCCCGGCAGGCUGUGAGCCUGAGCAGAAACACCGUUGCUGAACGUAUAGACCAGCUGUCCACCAAUCUAAAAGAACAGCUUGUGGAAAAGGGAAAAGAUUUCAUUGCAUAUUCCCUUGCUGUGGAUGACAGCACUGACACAACUGACAUUGCCCAGUUGUCAAUUUUCAUUCGUGGAGUGGACUCCAACCUGACCGUAACAGAAGAGUUUUUGGCGUUACGUCCGAUGCAUGGCACGACUACAGGACAAGAUCUGUAUGAAGAGGUAUCCAGAUGUGUAAAUGAGAUGGGACUGCCUUGGGAAAAACUCGUGGGAUUGACAACAGACGGAGCACCCGCGAUGUGUGGACACAGGAGUGGAUUGGUGGCAAGGAUACGUGAGAGGAUGCGGGACGAAAAUGUCACAGAGGAGCUGACAGCUUAUCACUGCAUAAUACACCAGGAGUCAUUAUGUGGCAAAGCCUUGAAAAUGGAACAUGUAAUGACCAUCAUAACGCGUGCAGUUAACUUCAUCAGAGCCAAAGGUUUAAAUCACCGCCAGUUCAAGGCAUUUCUGGGAGAGUUAGAUACAGAGUAUGGUGACUUGCCCUAUCACACAGAUGUGCGAUGGCUAAGCCAGGGAAAGGUGCUGCAAAGAUGUUUCGAGCUUCGUGAGGAGAUCUGUCUGUUUAUGGAAAGCAAAGGGAAAGACACAACAGAGCUUCGAGAUGAAACAUUUAUGUGUGAAAUGGCGUUUCUGUGCGACAUCACAAGCCAUCUGAAUGUGAUGAACCUGCAACUGCAGGGACGGGGGUGUGUCAUCUCUGAUAUGUACAGUACGGUGAAGGCGUUUAAAACCGAGCUGAGUCUGUGGGAGACACAGAUGCAGAAAGAAAACUUGAGCCACUUCCCCAGCUGCCAGACCAUGAAAGAGAAGCUCUCUACCGCUGUGUUCCCAAGUGCACAGUUUGCCGAUAAACUCAACAUACUUGCCGCCGAGUUCCGACGCCGAUUUGCUGACUUUGAAGCUCAAAAAAGCAGGUUUGAACUACUUGGCAAUCCUUUUGGAGUUGAUGUGGAAAGCGCACCACCAAACGUCCAAAUGGAGUUGAUUGAGCUCCAGUGCAAUGACAUACUGAGGGAAAAAUAUGAGAGAGUGGGUGCCGCUGAGUUUGCACGUUUCAUCCCCGACACAAUGCCUCAGCUGCGCAUCCAAGCUGCUCAGACGCUCUCCAUGUUUGGCAGCACAUACCUGUGUGAACAAUUGUUCUCUUUGAUGAAGCUAAACAAAACAUCACACCGGAGCCGUCUUACUGAUAAACACCUUGACUCAAUUCUGAGGAUUUCCUCAGCUCAGAGCCUGACCCCGAACAUUGAUGAACUCAUACAAAAGAUGAGACACCACCAAGUAUCAGGCUCAGGCUCAGACAAGUGA